AUGGCAGGUGACAACGUGUUGGUCGAAUUUUUCAAACUAAUUUACACCAUUCUUUUCAGCAUAUUGGAAUCAAUUUUUUAUUGUUUCGUCUCUAAAAAAGAAAAAAGUGUAACCGAUGAAAUUGCUCUGGUAACGGGAGCCGGUUCAGGCAUUGGUCGAUUGAUUGCCAUUGAAUUGAGUAAAAGAGGAUGUAUUUUGUUGCUAUUAGAUAUCAAUCCAGUAUCACUUGAAGAAACUGCCUCAAUAAUUCGAAAUUCAAAAGGGAAGUCAUACAAAUAUGUCUGUGAUCUAUCAAUAAGGCAAAAUAUUCAUGAUACCAUGGCUAAGAUAGCAAAAGAUAUAGGAGAUGUUGACAUUUUAAUAAACAAUGCUGGCAUUGUAACAGGAAAAAGCAUUCUGGAUGCAAGUGAUGAAGAAAUUGAAAAAACAUUAGAUAUUAACUUGAUGGCUCAUUUUUGGUUGAUCAGGAGUGUUUUGCCAUCCAUGCUAGCUAGAAACCAUGGUCAUAUUGUAACCAUAGCAAGUGUUGCUGGAUUAGCAGGUAUUAAUAAAAUGACAGAUUACAGUGCCAGUAAAUUUGGUGCUGUAGGUCUUGAUGAUUCUCUUAGACAGGAGAUCAUUCAUCUUAACAAAACUGGAGUAAAAACCACUUGCAUAUGUCCGUAUUAUAUUAACACUGGAAUGUUUCAUGGUGUCAAAACUAAAUUUCCAAAAAUUACUCCUAUAUUAAAGCCAGAGUAUGUUAGCCAUAAAAUAGUUAAAGCCAUAUUAACAGAUCAAGUCAUUCUCGUUAUUCCUAAAAUAAUUCAUUUGCUCUUGAUGCUUAAAUCAUUGUUGCCGACAAGAGGUUUCCAAGCAGUCUGCGAUUUUUUUGAAGUUAACAAGGACAUGGCAAGUUUUAGGGGAAGACGCGGAAAUAUGUAA